AUGGGCGACCUCCUCCCCUGGGAAUCCUCCCCCCAUCUCUACCUCUUCUCCUCCCUCACCGCGGGCUCCUCCCACAUCCUCACCGCCACCUCCCGCGUCGAGACCAUCCUCAAAGCCAACCGCAUCCCCUACACUUACGUCGACACUGCUACCAACGACUCCGCCCGCAAGCUGUACGGCCGUCGCGGGAAAAACAAGAAGUUCCCCUUGCUUGUCAAGGAGGGCUUCGUGCUCGGGGAUCUGGAGGAGGUCGAAGAAUGGAACGAGUUCGGCGAGCUGAAGGAGAUGGUGGGGGAAUUGCCGGCGAAGAGCGCGUUGCCUGGGGAAGAUGUGGACGAUGCUGGGAGCGUGACGGCGGGUGGGGCGGCGGCGGGAGCGGAGACUAAGGCGCCGAGUCAGGUGAAGGAGGAGAAGAUCACAAAACCCGAGAGCAAUGUGCCUUCCGCAAUGAAGGAGUCCGUAUUCGCAGCAGCGGCGUUGGCGGCAGCGAAGACGGCGCCGGCACAGUCGCCCAUGACCGCGACGGCACCAGAGACAAAAAAAGCGACAGAGAAAGCCCUUGACAGCGGAGCGCUACCUCUGACUGCCGAGAAAGAACCUACCCAGCCCGACACAUCCGCCUCCUCGAGCAAACCAGAACCCAUGACUGGGCCUCCGAUCACCCCCGCAAGCCCUCGACCGAUCGACACACGUGCCCCGGACCAGUCCACGUCAAAUCUGGGCUCCACGGUCGUCUCCCCGACCGGGUCGCAGACCACGCUGCCGUAUCGUCCCCCUACGCAUAGAGGAAGUGAAGUUAGUGUUGCGAGCGAGGAGGAAGUUCGGGCGGUGGAAGAGAAGACGGUGAUUUUGGAGGAGGGAGGGGAGAGGGAGAAGGAGGAGUCUGAGGAAUCUGAGGAGGAAUCUGAAGAGGAGGAGGAAGAGAAAGAAGAGAAGGGGGAACGGGUCAAGGAUAAGAAGGAUGCGGAGAUAGAAGAGAAGAGGGCCAAGGUCAAGGACGAGGAAGAAGACGACGAAGAUGAGGACGAUGAGGAGGAGGAUGAGGACAGUGAGGAGGAAGAUGAGGGUGAGGACGAGGAUAGUGAGGAGGAGAAUAGGGCUCAGGCUCAGCAGCAAGGACUGGAAGCAAAAGGAGAGGAAGUAAAAAAAGAGGAUAAAGCAGAUAAAGACGAGAAGAAGGAAACGAAACCGGAGAAGGGGCUAGAGACGGCGGCGGAGACGAAGCCUGCAGAAGCAGCCAAGUCGGUGAAGAGUUCUGGCGACUAAUCCGACCGGAAGGAGCACUUGGAUU